UGGAGAGCAGCCACGUGCUGCUCAUCCGCCGCCUGCAGACCACCGGCUCAGAGGUGGCGCUUUGGGUCGUUUGUUCGCGCGAUCUUCUGGAUGCAACGAUUUGAUCUGCAGGAAGUAGUACAAUGAAGCAUAACAACUUCAUAAAAUGUUGAUACCACUACAAUCACACUCGGCGCACUUCUACAUUUCUUCGCCCUCCUUGGUUUCACAAUACUGCUAGCUUAUUUCUGGCUCUGCGCGCCGGUCUUCUUUUUCCAGACAAGAUGGCCGCGCGGCCGCCAAACAUCACCAGGCGGCCCGCGAUGUGGUGCGUUCUUGCCGUUAUCGGACUUUCAUCCAGCUAUUUGACCUCGGCCUUGCAACUGAAGGACGCGACGUUUUCCGCAUCUACGACGAACAGCAGGAACCUGCAUCGCAACAAAUCUGUUUCAGCCGCCUCCUCAAAAACUGCUGACACCCUCCUCCACGGCCCCUCCUCUUCUCCCAUGAUCGCGAUUGGGACUUUGAAAUCCAUGCUGGAACAGAUGCUCAUGAAGUACAAAACCAACAAACUGGAGCACGAAUCGGAGAAGAAGCUCCAGAAGCGGCAGAUCGAGCUGAAAAUCAAGUUGAAGGACCAGGAAGGGUUGGAGCAGGCGCGGAUUUUAUCAAAUGCAAAAAUGUCUGGGUCUCGAAGAAUGCAAGUUUGUGUUUGUCAUGCUUGUCUGACAUGAGUCUUGAAUCUGUGAUGCAUGAGCAGGAGAAGGGCCUCCUGCUUGUCAUGCAAAAACGCAGUUUGCCAUGCGAAAACCGAAACACACAGCAGCGCAAAAACUUGUCAUGCUGGGCUGCGUAUUGCAGUGCGCCCACAAUUCGUAGAUUUGCAUCACAAGUUUCCAGACCCAGACAUAUUUGCAAUGCAUAGAUUUUCCAGAAGAACGAAAACCGGAGUUUUGAGAAGGAACAGUACAGCAUUGUCGGGACUUGCGCCAUAUCCUGUGCAAAUAAAGUAUCCAUCGUACUCGUCGUACCAAUUGCAAUUAUGCAUGACAAAUUCCCCUGGCAAGGUAAAACAGCAAUACAAAUUUUAUUUCUCAUGCUGCGAAAAUUUGUAAUGCAAUACAAUUUAUGCUAGUACGAUACUUUUGCAUUUCAUACGCCACCCUGUUUCAAGCGAUCGAGCAGCUGGAGCCGGGGUUUGUGGAAAAUGAAGAAAAUGGAGAUUUGGUGGGAGAUUUUAAAGUGAUGAAAACCGAUUACCCCGUAGCGGCGGUGGGAAGCGGGAUUGCGUUGAGUCAGGUGCUGUUGGAGGAGGCGGUGAAGAGGGGGAAGGAGUUGCUGUUGGAGGUGUAGUGGUGGUGGUGUGGUUAGAGGAGUGUAUGUGGGUGCUGAGAUAAUGACAGAUGAGGACGCAACUAAGCUGGAUGAAUAAGUAGUGCAGAAAAAAAAUUGUUGGUCAUUUACUGUUUGCUCGUCGACCCAAUAAGUAGAGCAUAGUUGUCUCGAUUUUGGUGCACAAGCACAGUGACAGUCGUGCUUACAUUUUUUUCCUGACAUUUUGUCGCAGCAGUUGCAAUAUUUUGAUGAGUGCAUCAUGGCCCAUGAAGGCACGAAGAGC